AUGUCGAGUCAAGCAUCAGCGGUGCACUGGGACGAGGCGACUGGCGAGCCGUACCUCGCCGUCCCCUCGCACCCAGGCAUCCGGAUCACGCCGCUGCGCGACUCGCCGGACGAAGUCGACAGCUUGGUGCGCGUCAACAGUGCGCCGAGCGUCGGCAGGUGGUUCUUCUCGCGGCCGUUCCCCUACAGCCCAGCCGACGGAAGGAAGCAGCUCGACGCCGCGCUGCUAGCCCAAGCGCCAGCGAUAGCUUCGCUGCGAUCUGGCGCCGCGGACGAGUCGGCCCUCGCGGCGCUCACGGUCGUCCGCGACACCCAGAGCGGGCGGUACAUCGGCGACGUGGGCGUGUAUCCCGCCGCGCCAGAGUCGGACCUCGCGCCAUGGGGCCUGCUGUACACCCUCGAUCCCCAGUACCACGGCCAAGGGCUCGGCACGGCCGUCGUCGGGGCGUACCUCGCCUGGCUCGAGACGCUCGGCGUCGGCCGCGUCGAGGCGGUGAUCCAGACCACCAACGUGCCGUCCUCGCGCCUUGUCAAGCGCCUCGGGUUCAGCCUGCACGAGGUCAAGGGGGCCAAGUGGCCUGAGAGCAAGGGCGGGGAUGUGCGCGAGGUUGGCGUGUGGCUGAGGGAUGUUGGGCCGCGUGGGACGGAGGGCAAGGAGGGCACCACAGCAUAG